CUUCAAGAUCGGAAGAUAGAUAGGGUUUGUCUGAGUGAUGUAUCAAAUUAUAAUUUUUAUCUUUUUAUUAGAUUCUCUCACAAUUUUCUUACACCUUUAGAUUCUCUCUCCCACUCCCUAAAUAUCUCUCUCAUUUCAAUUUCAAUUCCAAUUCCAAUUCAACUCUCUCUCUCUCUCUAAAAUCACCAUGUAUAGUUACGAAGAAAACAAAACCAACACUUUCAAUUGAUCAUUCACCACCAAAAACCACCGCAAAACGCUACUAAUUGCUCUGAAACAGUGCUAUUCUGAGAUUGUUAAUUUGAUUGAUUGAUUUCGUUUCUUAGUUGUAAUUAUUGCGAUUCGAGAUGCCGGAAGAAGAAUUGGUGGAGCUCAAGUUCCGUUUAUACGAUGGAUCGGAUAUUGGACCGUUUCGUUAUUCACCAACUUCAACUGUAUCUAUGCUCAAGGAAAGGAUUUUUGCUGAAUGGCCUAAAGACAAGAAAAUCAUACCAAAGGCAGCAAAUGAUAUAAAACUCAUAAAUGCUGGUAAAAUUUUGGAGAACAACAAAACGGUUGGCCAGUGUAGAGUGCCUUUUGGUGAGCUUCCUAAGGGGGUCAUCACCAUGCACGUUGUCGUCCAGCCAUCUUUGGCAAAAGCAAAAUCAGACAAAGUUGAUGAUACACCCAGAAAACAUUUUUGUGGGUGUACAAUAUUGUGAAAACCCAUUAGCAUGGAUAAUAAGCUGCUGAUCUGAAGUUAUGGAAAUGUGUAGCUGUGAAGGCAAUAAUCUGUUGGACAGUCCCAUCCCCCUCAGAUGAAUGUUGCUGGAGAGCAAUCUGUUCAGCAUUGAUUAUUUUCUCAUGUUUUAUAAAAUGUAUGUUUAAUGUAUGUUAGUAAAUGCAGUCUAUAUUACAACAUCAAAUAUAUUUUAUAGAAAGAAAGGUUUUGAACAAUAUUCCCUGCUGGAAUCAUCAUAUACCCGUUUCUUGUGCAUUGGUGACAACAGAAAUACUUUUCAAGCGUUUGGUGUGAAAUACCUUAACAAUAUUAUUGUCUCUUUAUUUCUUAUCAUCAUUGUCUUGUACAAUAGAAAGAGACAUUUUGUCAUUUGUAUAGAUGAGAUUCCAUAUUUUUCAUUA